AUGCCUUCGAGGAAAGGUUCGCGUAGCCCGGCCAGCUUCGGAAAGAGUUUACCGGAGCGGGGACUGCUCCUGCUGAUGGUUUUGGUGCUUCUGGAGGGCUCCGUGCGCCCCCUCGGAGCUGCAAGCUCUCCGGAUACCAGUCCCCAAGAAAAUUUAGGCAAUCAAAAAGUGGCGGACGAAGGGCAUAACGUCAGUAAAAAGGCUUUUCCUGUGCUCAGCGUCGACUACCACCACAUACAGAAGCCCUUUGAAAUCUCAUUAUGGGUGCUCCUCGCCUCCUUAAUGAAAUUAGGGUUCCACCUGAUUCCUCGUCUGUCCGGCAUUGUGCCAGAAAGCUGCCUGUUGAUUGUGGUGGGCCUGCUGGUAGGUGGGCUCAUCAAACUAGCCGGAGAGAAGGUUCCACCAGUGCUGGACUCAAGAUUGUUCUUCCUCUGCCUGCUGCCCCCCAUCAUCCUGGAUGCUGGCUACUUCCUGCCCAUCCGUCCUUUCAUGGAGAACCUGGGCACAAUCCUGAUGUUUGCUGUUGUGGGGACGUUGUGGAAUGCCUUCUUCAUCGGGGGACUGCUUUACGCUGUGUGUCAGAUCCAGCCGGAGAAAUCAGACCUCCACUCACUAAAGCUCCUGCCUUGCCUGCUGUUUGGCUCCAUCAUCUCAGCUGUGGAUCCUGUUGCUGUGCUUGCCGUGUUUGAGGAGAUCCACAUCAAUGAACUGUUGCACAUCCUAGUUUUUGGCGAAUCACUGCUUAACGAUGCUGUCACUGUGGUGCUAUACCACCUUUUUGAGGAGUACGCGGGUGCUGGCAAAGUGACGGUGAUGGAUUGCUUCCUUGGAGUCAUCUCCUUCCUGGUGGUUGCAUUGGGUGGCGUUGUAGUGGGAGCUAUCUAUGGUAUCCUGGCUGCCUUCACCUCACGCUUCACCUCCCACACGCGUGUCAUCGAGCCACUGUUUGUCUUUGUGUACAGCUACAUGGCCUACCUGUCAGCUGAAAUGUUCCACCUCUCCGGCAUCAUGGCGUUAAUAGCAUGUGGAGCGGUGAUGCGGCCCUAUGUGGAGGCCAAUAUAUCCCACAAGUCCCACACAACCAUCAAGUACUUCCUGAAAAUGUGGAGCAGUGUCAGUGAGACGCUAAUCUUCAUCUUUCUGGGCGUAGCCACGGUGGACGGACCUCACUCUUGGAACUGGACCUUCGUCACUGUCACUGUCAUUCUGUGUCUGGUGGCACGGGUCAUAGGUGUGGUUGGCCUGACUUACAUUAUCAACAAGUUCCGCAUUGUCAAGCUGACCACAAAGGACCAGUUCAUUGUGGCCUAUGGUGGCCUGCGAGGUGCCAUCGCCUUCUCCCUUGCCUUCCUUCUGAACAACGAUGACUUUCCAAUGAGAGAGAUGUUCCUCACUGCCAUCAUCACGGUUAUCUUUUUCACAGUCUUUGUUCAGGGUAUGACCAUCAAACCCCUGGUGGAGCUGCUAGCGGUGAAAAAGAAACAGGAGGCCAAGCGCUCGAUAAAUGAGGAAAUCCACACCCAGUUCCUUGACCACCUACUGACUGGAAUCGAGGACAUCUGUGGACACUAUGGACACCACCACUGGAAGGACAAACUGAACCGCUUCAACAAGAAGUAUGUGAAGAAGUGCCUGAUUGCAGGCGAACGCUCCAAGGAGCCACAGCUCAUCGCCUUCUAUCACAAGAUGGAGAUGAAACAGGCCAUUGAGCUGGUGGAGAGCGGAGGGGGAGUCAAGCUGCCCUCUGCUGUGCCUUCCACCGUUUCCAUGCAGAACAUCCAGCCCAAGAAGCCUCCUCCUGUCAAGUCUGUAGAGAGAGUUCUGCCACAGCUGCCUAAAGGCCGAGAGGAGGAGAUCAGGAAGAUCCUCAGGAGUAACCUUCAGAGGACACGACAGAGGCUGCGCUCCUACAACAGGCACACUCUGGUGGCUGAUCCAUUUGAGGAUGGAUUUAGCGACUUACUCAUUAAGAAGCAAAAAAUGAUCGAGCUGGAGAAGAAGAUAAAAGAGAUGAAUAACUACCUGACGGUGCCUGCUGCUCCUCCUGACUCCCCAACCAUGUGUAGAGCCAGACUGGCAUCAGACCCCCAAGCCUACAGUGUGAAGCCGGCGUCCGAUAGUGUGCCGACCAUUCAGGUAGACCUGGCCUCUCCUCAAUCUCCAGACUCUGUCAACGUAAUGGAUGAGUUCAGACGGGCCCACCAGGAGGACGACCAGGGCCUGAUUAUGAAACCUCCCCAGGGGCCGGGUGGACAUAACAAGCCAAGCGAGGCGGACGCAACCAGAGAUCAGCAGAGGCUGAUGAGGUGUCUCAGUGACCCCGGUCCCAGCGCAGAUGAGGAGGAGGAUGAACCCUUCCUGCCUUAAUAUGGCAGACCGGAUAAGGAGGGAUCAGGCUGCAUGCCCGCCUUCACUGGAUAGAGGAGAGAGGGCUGCUUCACUGCUCUGUUCUAAAUUAUAUCUUUGGUUCAGAAACCAAACAAGCCAAAACUGCUAAUGCUGUACAAACCAGAAAACUAAAAGCAAAAGGAGAUUGCCUGAGAAGAAAAAGAGCGAUUAGUUUGUUAUUGUCAUUGCUCUUUAUUUUUUUAGACAGGAUGUGAACAGCAGUCGCUGCUGUCAGAGAGACGGUGGAGUUUAUGAUCGAUAGUCUGUGACAUUCAGGAAAGAACUAUGCAUUACCAAAGGUCUGGACUGUUUUAGUGUCAGACGAUGUCGUUUUCACUUUAGUGUUAGGCUGUUUUUCUCUCUUAAUAAUUGCAUAGCUGUUGAUUUUAUUCCUGUUCAUGAUUAUACAACUUCUUUGUCUUUAAGGCUACAUUCUCUGAGACGUGCUGGUCCUCUAGUUCUAAAUGUAAUCAACAAAGCAAACUACUUCAGUCCUGUUCUCGCUUCCACACAUAUCAUUUGAGUUCUUUCAUUCUGUCACUUGAAAUUGCUGGAUAUCCAAACAUUUAGUGAAGCUAGUUGAAAAUAUUUUGCCUUAUUUUAUGUAAAAUCUUAACUUGGUGCAUUUUUAUCUCUUUUUUUUUUAAGCAUUUUCAUUUCAGGGGUACUAACAUCUGUUUGUAAUCAGAAUUUGUCCCAGUGCUCGUGGGAUAUGGUUCAAACCUGGAUGUAUUUAGUCACUGUGCAAACCACUGUGUAAAAGAACCACAGUUCUUUACAGUCAUGCUUACAGACCUGUGGCCUUGUCCUAUGGCUGUGGAGGGUAUUAAUGUGGACUUGAAAAAUUCCUCGCUAUUGUAUAAAGAAGUUUUGACCGACAAAUGUGGAGCGAGGCUGAGUGUUUGGGAAGCUUGUGAGACAGGCAGUGAUGCAACACAGAUGUUUUGAUGUCAGCCAUCAUGCUUGAUCUCCCAUCCAAGUCUUCUGAAGUUAAAUCAUGUUGUCAUGGCACGUUUCUGUGCAGAUGUUUUAUGUUUAACCUCAGUUUAGAACACUCUAAAACUCACUUAAUUAGGUGUAGAGUUGUUAGAGUAGAUUUCUCUCUUAAUAUUAAUGUAAUGAACACGUGCCCAUCUAACAGUCAUCACCUUCACACUCCUCCUAUUUUAAACUUUUAGACCACAGGAGCUGGUUUUAAUAUGUUAAAUUUAAAUGCUCAAUGCUCCAUAUCUUUUACAUGGCUUUUUGCAUUCUUCGGUUUUCUACUGGUUUUUGCAAGAAGCAUUUGUGUCCUACAUCACUCUUGAACAUAUUACAUGACAGGACAAGUGAAAGUUAGUUUGUACAUGAAUCCAUCCAUGAUUCCUAACUUUCUUGAAAUCUAAGACUGUAGGCAUGUCAUGGCAAAAAAAAUGUAAUUCUAUGCAGUAUAGAUGUGUAAAAUAUGUAAAUGAACUAUAAUGUCAUAUAUUUAUGAAUACCCUUUAAAACUGAAGUCUUGUAAUCUUGCAAAACACUGAGACAAACCAAUGCUAAAGUCACAGCUAAAAUCAAAUACGGGCAUUAAGACAAGCGGUUAUAAAAAAAACUUCACUAGAAUUUUUGCACGUCUGAGCAGGACGGAAAAGUUAUCUGCAGGCACGAAAACGUAGUCUAGUGUUUUGUUGAUAAUGUAAGUCCUUCUCUACUGUACUGUAUAUGGUUGUACAGUGUGUAUGGUAGCCAGUGUAAAAUACAUUGCAUGUCUUUUUUACACAGCUGCUCAGUGAAUUGGAAUAUGACAUACAUUUACAUUUAAGUUAAUGGUUGUGUAUGUCAAAGAAACAUGCACCAUUUUUUUUUUUUUUUCUACAUUCAGAAGUGCCACAGCCAAUAGCAACCAGAUUUUAAACCCAUGAGUUUUUCUUUCACCCAUGUCAAUUACCACUUGACAUCCCUACAAAAAAAGAGCGUGGUUUCUCCAUAGACCAUCCAAAGAGCAAACUUUGGCUUUGAAACAGCGUCUGACUGAGGUAGCUGGAGUGAGUCACUGUUCCACUUUUCUGGCUGUUUUUAGGUGUUAGCGACCAUUGAAUCCUUCCUGAUCCUCUUACAUCCAGAAGGCUCAAAUUACAGCUGAGGGAAAAGAGCGGAAGAACCUGACAGGCUUCUGCAUUGUCCUCAACUCUUCUUUUUUUUUUUUUUUUUAGGCAUCUGUGAAUGGCUUUCUAUGGUCACUGUAGCAAGGGUAAUAGGAUAUUUUGUCUGUGCACGCACGCACUCUUGUAAAUCUGGGUAAAUGGUAAACGGUAUGUUAAAUCUGUCCGUACAUGCACUGUAGUCGAGUGUUUGGGUCCCUCUCUUGCCCCUGACACUUUUCCUGCUUCCCAAUUUCUAAAAAGAUAAUUGCUGCUGAGAGAUGGGAGGGUCAAACCUUAAAGCAUCUAAUUUCCCCGUCUCGACCGAACAAAGUUUAUUUUCGGAAAUGGCCGCAUGUGCGACAGAGUGUCGGAGUGGAGUGGUGUGCUGAACAUGUCUACAAGGACAAGGUCAAAGACAGAAGGGUUAUUAAAACCCUGGAAUGUCUAGGCACAUGAAAGGCUGGACCUUCUCCCCAUCCUCAAAUCCUUCUUUUAUCAUCGCUUAAAGGACAGUGACAUUUAUCUGCAGCAUUACAUUUAUGAGGUUCUAAAAUGGUGUAUAAACUCCAGCUGAGAAAUGCAAUGCUGUUGGGACAAUUUCUACAUCAUCUUCCCACAUGUUAAAUGGUUUGACCUCCUCUUAAAGGCAGUUUGUUACUCUCUCAUUCUGCAGAAACUUUUAAGUAGGUUUCAGGAAGGUUACAGCCACUAGUGCAUUUCCAAACAUAAUCCCGCUUGUGAAUACAUGUAACUGUGUCAAUGCAAAGCAGGAUAGUUCUCUGAGACAAUGUGUAUACUCUGCAAGGUUGUUGUAUUUUUCAUAUGGAUACAUGGAUAAUAAUAAUGGAUACAUGAGUAACAUGACGGGGGGAAGUGGUCAAAUAGAGGGAAAACCAAAAACCUCAAAUUUGAAUUGAAACAAACCUUAAAACGAGACACCGUAUCCCGGAUUACUUCAUUUUAUUCCAAAGACUUUAGUUCCUCGAACAGAAAAGAAACACUAUUUUGCAUACUUGUCUUUUUUUUAUACCAAAAGCAUAUUAUUUUUGGGGCAAACAUUGUCACACUCUUCGGAGGGAAAUGUUUGGUGCAGAAAACCUUAAUCUGAAGCCAUACAGCCUAUAGAAGAACCUAUUUUAUUGUAUUCGUGUAUUAAAAUGUCAUACACAUCAUUUUGCCUUUUGUUUUGCUCAAUGCACAGAGCAAACAAAAAUCUUUACAUUUAAAUCACUUGUGUCUUCUUUGCUUAUUUUUCAAAUGAAUGGUUUGCGUUCUCGAUUUAAAAUUUCCACUGGAUGUUUUUUCUAUAGCGCUGAAUUGUUUCAAGUCGUGGCAGUUGUUUUCACUGAAUGUGUUUGGAUGGAAUUACAAUGUCAACACUGUUGCCUCACCAGCA